AUGCCCUCCGUCCUCCACCACCUCCUCCUCCUCCCGCUGCUGCUCGCCGCCUCGGCCGCGGCGGCAGCCACCGCUGGCGCCGGUGGGGACCCGCCGGCGUACGAGGCGCUGUUCGACGCGUGGUGCGCGGAGCACGGGAAGGCCUACGCCACGCCCGAGGAGCGCGCGGCGCGGCUGGCCGUGUUCGCGGACAACGCGGCCUUCGUCGCGGCGCAUAACGCCCGCGCCAACGCCGCUGGCGGCGGCGCGCCCCCGUCCUACACGCUCGCUCUCAACGCCUUCGCGGACCUGACGCACGACGAGUUCCGCGCCGCGCGCCUCGGUCGCAUCGCGGCGGGGGCGGCGGCGCUCCGGAGCCCCGCCGCGCCCGUGUACCGGGGCCUCCACGGCGGUCUGGGCGCGGUUCCCGAUGCGCUGGACUGGAGGGAGAGCGGGGCCGUCACCAAGGUCAAGGACCAAGGGAGCUGCGGAGCUUGUUGGAGUUUUUCCGCUACAGGUGCUAUGGAAGGAAUAAACAAAAUCAAGACAGGCUCUCUGGUCAGUCUUUCUGAACAGGAACUAAUUGACUGUGACAGAUCUUAUAAUAGUGGCUGUGGUGGUGGCCUCAUGGAUUAUGCUUAUAAGUUUGUGGUUAAAAAUGGUGGAAUUGACACAGAGGAGGACUACCCCUAUCGUGAAGCAGAUGGUACAUGUAACAAGAACAAGCUGAAAAAGCGAGUUGUGACAAUUGAUGGUUACUCUGAUGUACCUUCCAACAAAGAAGAUUUGUUACUCCAGGUUGUUGCCCAGCAACCAGUUAGUGUAGGAAUAUGUGGCAGCGCUAGAGCAUUUCAGUUAUACUCCCAGGGUAUCUUUGAUGGCCCAUGUCCAACAUCUCUUGAUCAUGCUGUGUUGAUUGUGGGUUAUGGUUCUGAAGGUGGCAAGGAUUACUGGAUUGUGAAAAACUCUUGGGGUGAAAGUUGGGGAAUGAAGGGCUAUAUGCAUAUGCAUCGAAACACUGGUGAUUCCAAGGGUGUCUGUGGUAUAAACAUGAUGGCAUCAUUUCCUACCAAAUCAAGCCCCAAUCCUCCUCCUUCACCAGGCCCAGGUCCAACCAAAUGCAGUCUGCUUACAUACUGUCCUGAAGGAUCCACCUGUUGUUGCUCAUGGCGUGUCUUGGGCUUUUGCCUUUCCUGGAGCUGUUGUGAACUGGACAAUGCAGUUUGCUGCAAGGAUAACAAAUACUGCUGCCCUCAUGAUUAUCCUGUUUGCGAUACAGAUCACGGGCUGUGUCUCAAGGCCAGCGGCAACUCUUCUGCUAUAGAAGGAAUCAGGAGGAAACAGACUUUCUCUAAAGCUCCCUCUUGGACUGGCUGGAUGGAAUUGAUGGACCAAUGA